GCCAAGGACUCCUGCCUUUCCUUCUGGUAUCGCAUGGACGGCCCCCAGAUUGGCACCUUGAACCUCCUUGUGAAAUAUGGCGAGAAACCCGAGCAGGUGCUUUGGACCAGGACGGGGAGCCAGGGCGCGGUCUGGCACCUGGCAUCCUCCACCAUCUCCCAGCAGCCUGGCCAGAAUUACCAGGUGGUCUUCGAGGCUCUGCGGGAUGGUUUCCUGGGUGUCAUGGCUCUGGACGACAUCAGCGAGAGACCUGGCAUUUGUGGAACGAAAAAGCACUGCACCUUUGAGACCGAUGACUGUGGACUUUUGGUCAGCAAGCCUCAAGCCUGGGUGCGGCAGGAUGGUGCUGGGUGCCAAGGCCCUCCAACGGACCACACCCAAAGCACACCUGAAGGGCAUUACAUGUUCAUCAACACCAGCACGAGCGCCCUGCAUUCUGGGCAAACAGCCGUCCUCCGGUCGCAAGGUUUUCCGCCUCUGCUUGGCACCCAUUGUGUGACGUUUUGGUACUACCUGAGUAGCAGUAACCCAGGAUCUUUGAGCGUCUCUGUGGAAGAGGGAGGCAGGCAAAAGGAGAAGUCGCAUGUGAGGAGGGUGCAGGCAGAAGGCUGGCGGCAUGGCAAUGUCACCGUUAAGGUCCAGGCUGAAUGGCAGGUGGCGUUUGUGGUGGAAGGGGCUGGUGGAGGACCCUCCUCGUUCCUUGCGCUUGACGACUUUCACGUGGAGGAGGGGGUCUGCCUGGAAGCAGGGUCCUGCAACUUUGAAUCGGGUACCUGUGGGUGGAACAAGCCGCACGGAGACUGGUACAGCUGGGACUGGAAGGCAGGGGCCACCCCCUCACUCUCCCCGUCCCCGAAGGAGGACCACAGCCUUGGGACCAAAGCAGGCCACUAUGCCUAUGUCGACGUUGCGGUGCUGGGCCUGGGAAGGCGCACCGCAGCCCGCCUGGCGAGCGAGCCCCUCCCCUCGACCACCAGCUCCUGCCUGCGAUUUCACUACCACAUGGACUUUCUGGGCCAAAGCUGUAAGUGA